AUGGCGCGAGGGAAGGCGAAGAAGAAGGAAGAAGAAGACACUGAAGUCACAAACCCAGAAACGUUAGAGCGCAAGAGGCUCAAAUCUCUGGCCAUUUCCAACAACAUUCUCUCGGAGACCCCUGCUCGCAGCUCCGUUCUCCUCAACCCUUCCUCCGUCGUGGCCAAGCACCACGGCAAAGACAUCAUCAAGAAAUCUCAGAGGAAGAGCAGCAGGUAUCUCUUCUCCUUCCCCGGGCUAAUUGCUCCCCUUGCUGGUGGCAAGAUCGGUGACCUCAAGGACUUGGGAACUAAAAACCCCGUUCUCUACCUCGAUUUCCCCCAGGGUCAAAUGAAGUUUUUUGGGACCAUUGUAUAUCCAAAGAACAGAUACUUGACUCUACAAUUCCCUAAAGGUGGAAAGAGUGUGAUGUGUGAGGAUUAUUUUGAUAACAUGAUUGUAUUUUCGGAUGCAUGGUGGAUUGGGAGGAAAGAUGAAAACCCUGAAGAAGCCAAACUGGAAUUUCCUAAGGAAUUGUAUGAGGGGCACCAAGCUGAAUAUGACUUCAAAGGGGGUGCAGGUGCAGCUUCAGUAGUCAAUCAAGGGGUUCCCAGAACCAGGAUUCAACGUGCAGAGCCAGAGUCACCAAAGACUCCCUCUGAAAAUGAAUUGUCAGAAAGUGAAAUCAAUUUAGAAGAUACAAAGGAAUUGGCUCCAUCCCGGCAUUCAACCAGAACUGCAGGAAAAUCAUAUAAAUUUACUGAGAUUUCGUCCAAUGAUGGUUCUGGUGAGAACAGCCCUGAUCUUUCUGAUCAUGAAGAGAAAGUGGCAGAAGUUGAUAUUUCUGUAAAUGAUCAUAAUAGCUCAAAUAUCCUUAGUCGGUUGGGUAUCCCCUUAAAAUUGUGGAUACAGAAAAAGACUUUAGCUUUUGACCUUGAUAAUGAGGAUGAUGGACCGGUACAUCAACUCAACAAGGAAAAUAAUGAGUCUGCAUCUAGAUCAAAAUAUAAAGAAGUGUCUCAAUCUGCUUCAGCCAGUGCAUCUACUGAAGUUAAGCCCAGUAAUCGAGGUCCACUUGUUCAGGCUACUAUAUCCACAUUAUUCAAGAAAGUGGAAGAAAAGAAGACUCCAAGAAAUUCAAGGAAAUCUCCAUCAUCAAAAGCUUCUGGCAAGAAGUUGCAGCCUGCUGGUUCAAAAAGAAAGCUUGAUCUGGAUGAAGGAUCCAAGAAAAGGGGAAGAAAGACCAAGGACAAAGAUCCUGGUAAAAAAACCAAGGCGAAAUGCAAGGAAUCCGAUGUUGAAAGUGACAAUGAUGACGAUGACAUUGAAGAAUUUUCAAAUGCUUCAGAGGAUAAUGGAAGUGAUGAAGACUGGACUGCUUGA